CAUAAGGGCUCUUCAAAAGAUACAGGCUUUCUCUUCCUCUCUCCUAGGGUUUUUCUUGUGUUCGAGUCCAAGAAUCUGCCAGCGCUUUUGAUAAUAUCAACGAUGAAGCCGAUAUUUGUUGGGAACUUUGGGUAUGACACCCGGCAAUCUGAGCUGGAGCGGGCAUUCGCCAAAUAUGGGAGGGUCGAUAGGAUCGACAUGAAAUCUGGUUUUGCUUUUGUUUACUUUGAAGAUGAGAGGGAUGCUGAUGAUGCUAUUCGUGGCCUUGAUAACAUGCCAUUUGGUCAUGAUAGACGCAGAUUGUCUGUGGAAUGGGCUAGGGGUGAAAGGGGCCGUCAUCGUGAUGGAUCCAAGUCGAUGGCAAAUCAGAGGCCAACCAAAACCUUGUUUGUGAUCAAUUUCGACCCUAUUCAUACUAGAGUUCGUGAUAUUGAAAGACAUUUUGAACCUUAUGGGAAGGUCCUCAAUGUUCGCAUAAGAAGGAACUUUUCAUUUGUACAAUUUGAGACGCAGGAGGAGGCAACCAAAGCCCUUGAGUGUACACACAUGAGCAAAAUAUUAGACAGGGUUGUGUCAGUUGAGUAUGCUUUGAGGGAUGAUGGUGAGAGGGGUGACCCUUAUGAUGAUAGCCCCCGGAGAACAGCAUAUGGGCCGCCUGGGGAUAGUCCUUACCGGAGGUCACCUAGUCCAUUGCGCCGUCGACCAAGUCCUGACUAUGGGCCUCGCAGCCCUGCUUAUGACAGGUAUAAUGGCCCUCGUGAGCGACGCAAGAGUCCUGAUUAUGCUCGGAAUCGAAGCCCUGAAUAUGGUAGAUACCGCAGUCGUUCACCCAUUCGGAGGUCAAGAACCUGAA